AUAUCCCUUAGCCUUCAUGCUAACAUAAUAUCUUCAACUUCUCUACCCAUCUUCCUCCUCCAAACCGUCAUCCAUGGCAACAGACCCGACAUGGCCACAGCUCCUCGGAAGCGAGAACUGGGAAGGUCUACUAGACCCACUAAACCUCACCCUCCGGCAACUCAUUCUCCGCUGCGGCGACUUCUGCCAAGCCACCUACGACUCCUUCAACAACGACGCCAACUCCAAAUACGCCGGCACCUGCCGCUACGGCAAAAACUCCUUCUUCCACAAAGUCAUGCUCCAAGACGCCGAUAACUACGAAGUGGCCGCCUAUCUUUACGCCACCGCGAAACUCCCCGUCCCCGAGGCCUUUCUCCUUCACUCCCUUUCUCACGAAUCGUGGGACCGCGAGUCCAAUUGGAUUGGCUAUGUCGCUGUCACCAAUGAUGCCGUUAGCGAAGCGCUCGGCCGCCGCGAAAUCUACGUGGUGUUUCGUGGUACCACCACGGACUUUGAGUGGAUCAACGUGUUUAGUGCCAGGCCUGUAUCUGCUGAGUCUCUGCUUCGUUCCACUACUAGUGGUGACAAGGAGGAUAAGGAGGAGGAUGAUGAUGAUGAUAAAGUCCCCAAAGUCAUGUUUGGUUGGCUCACACUCUAUACUUCAAAGGAUCCAAACUCACCCUUCACUACCCUAAGUGCAAGGGAACAACUCCAAAGAAAGAUUGAAGAGCUAAGGAACAAAUACAAAGGAGAGAAUUUGAGCAUCACAAUCGCGGGGCAUAGUCUCGGUGCAAGUUUAGCAAUCGUAGCAGGCUUCGAUUUAUGCGAAAACGGUGUCAACGACAUUACGGUGACGGCCAUCGUCUUCGGCAGCCCUCAAAUUGGCAACAAAGUGUUCGAUAAAAUGAUGGGUGAACUAAAGAACCUUAAAAUCCUACACAUUCGCAACAAGAUCGAUAUGAUUCCUGAGUACCCAGGAGCCCUGUUAGGGUACGUGAAGUCGGGAUUAGAAUUCGUGAUCGAUCACAGGAAAUCGACGAGCCUGAAGAACUCGAGGAACCCGGGUGAUUGGCACAACUUGCAGGCCAUGUUGCACGUUGUGGCGGGGUGGAAUGGGGAAGAUGGGGAGUUUGAGUUGAAGGUGAAGAGGUGUGUGGCCCUUGUGAACAAGUCUUGUGAGUUCUUGAGGGAAGAUCUUUUGAUUCCGGGGUCAUGGUGGGUUGAGAAGAAUAAAGGAAUGAUUAUUGAUGAAAAUGGAGAGUGGGUUUUGGCAUCACCUACAGACGAUGACCUACCCGUUCCUGAGUAUUGAUUAUGUAUUGGCUAUUGUCAUUUAGGUCAGACAACCUUAUCUGGUAAAGGAUCAGCCUAGAAGACAGCUUCUUAUAACUAAGAAUUUUGUGAUUAUUAAGUUAAUUGUCAGAAUAAUCCUGAUGUAUUUUCGUUGAAAUUUGUGUAUUUAUUUGUUGUUUUUGUAUUACAAUGGGUGUGUAA